AUGGCUGUUGAUCUUUCCUCCUUGGGCCAAGACCCCGAAGGUCUCGUCGGGGGGUAUCAGGGCAACAGCACUGGGAUAAAAAUAACAAUGGGAGUUCUCAUCGCCAUACUACUAUACAAUGCCGUCGAGCUUACUGCUCUGAUCUUUCUAACCUUCCAACGAUACCGUGGACUAUACUUUUGGUCUUUGAUGCUCUCCACAACUUGCGGACUGUAUCCUAGUGGGAUCGGAAAUCUCCUUCAUUUCUUCGACAUCGGCCCUUUAUGGCUAGCAAUCGUGCUCUCCAACUUUGGCUUCUACUUCAUGGUACCUGCCCAAUCCCUCAUACUUUACUCUCGACUCCACCUCGUCCUUUACAACCAACGACUCCUCCGGUUUAUCCUUUACGCUAUCAUCGUCAAUACGGUCGUGAUUGGUGUGCCGGUAACAACCACAACAGUCGGAUCGGCCUUUGUGCGUACUCCAGGCUGGAAUGCGGCGUAUACAAUUAUGGAACGACUGCAGGUGACUUGGUUCGGGCUACAAGAGUUUUUGAUCUCGUCGCUCUACAUUCGGGAGACUGUCAAGCUUCUUCAAUGUAGUUCUGCGAAUACCAGUCGCAGAAAGAACAUCAUGUACCAGCUGGUCGCGAUCAAUGUUCUUGCUAUCUUGAUGGAUGUUGCGGUCAUGACGAUCGAAUAUAUUGGUCUAUACUAUCUGCAGGUUCUGCUGAAGUGUACUACAUACAGCAUCAAGCUGAAGCUGGAAUUCGCUGUUCUUGGCAAGCUUACCGCCAUCGUCGACUCGUCACAUCUUGAACUUACUCCGAGAGGUGAUGCGGAUCUUUCUGAAAUAGUUGCUGGUCGACCCGUGUGCGACCCAAUGCCUAGCACCUGGCAUGUUGAAAUGUCUUCCUGCAAAGGUCAUCCCGAACAAAACUUUUGA